CCUUUUCGGGCUUGGCGCCCUGGGCCUCUCAAUCAUCUAUGCCCAACGAUGUACCCAACGCGAUAUUGGCGAGUCUUUCUGUUUGCAAGACAGCUGUGUCGAAGAGGUUGUGCCGAAGAGGUUGUGCCCGAUACCUCUACUCAGUUCGCGUCGGGUAUGGUGGAAGUCUGAGUCCUGCGGGAUUGGUGAUCCAGGCAAAGGCAGCGCCUUGAAACAAAGACAACAACAGCAACCACCUUCAAGGCUCCCAAGCACACCAACCGAGAUAUACGCUACGAAUUUUGUCAGUUACUUACAUCCCGCCAACAUAAGCCGUCCGCUCGCGAAGCCUGCGAGCCUUUUCCCACCAUCGAACAUUUGUAUGAUUAGCUGCCGAAGGAGCUGAGCCUGGCGGACUCUGCAAUGCGACUCCUGGAGCGUGACGAUACCGGCGGGGUCCGUCUGACGGAGAACCUCCCCAACAACAAGAUUCCACCGUAUGCGAUACUUUCACACACAUGGGGUCCCGAAGAGGUCCUCUUCAGAGACAUGAUGGACGGUACAGGCAAGAACAAAGCAAGCUACGCUAAGAUUCGUUUUUGCGGAGACCAAGCCUGGCGCGAUGGGUUGAAAUUCUUCUGGGUCGACACAUGCUGCAUCGACAAGUCGGACAGCGCCGAGCUUCAGCACGCUCUCAACUCCAUGUUCCAUUGGUACCGCAGCGCGGUGAAAUGUUACGUGUACCUGGCAGACGUCUCAACCCAUCAGCACGGCGACGGCCCCGGUUGGCAACCGGCCUUUCGAGAGAGCAGAUGGUUUUCCCGAGGAUGGACCCUCCAAGAGCUCAUUGCCCCAACGAUCGUCGAAUUCUUCUCUAAAGAGGGCGAGCGCCUGGGAAAUAAGGAGUCUCUGGAACAAGAAAUCCACGAUAUAACCGGAAUUCCGCGAAAAGCCUUCCAAGGUGUCCCUCUAUCUGAUUUCAGCGUCACCGAACGGAUGCGAUGGAUCGAGAAGCGUGACACACAAUACGAGGAAGACAAGGUGUACUCUCUAUUCGGCAUCUUCGAUGUGCACAUGCCGGUUCUCUACGGCGAAGGAAGGCAGAAAGCAUUGAAGCGGCUGCAGGACAAGGUUCACGAGGAUUACCUCUGUCUGGCAAAAUUGUGGCCCGGAGACCCGCGUGACCCGCACGUCGAAAAAGAGCGGAUCGAGCUGGCAAAGGGUGGUCUGCUGGCUGAUGCUUACCGCUGGGUCUUC